GCCGGCAUGUCGGGCCCCGGGCCGCGGGAGCCGCCGCAGGCGGGCGGGCCGGCGGGCCCCGAGGGCGCGGACGCGGCGCUGGGCGAGGCGGGGCUGAGCUUCACGACCACCGACCUGAGCCUGGUGGAGAUGACGGAGAUCGAGUACACGCAGCUGCAGCACAUCCUCUACUCGCACAUGGAGGCGGCGGCGGCCGACGGCGAGCUCGAGACGCGCCUCAACUCGGCCUUCCUGGCGGCGGCGGCGCCGGGCGCGGCGGCCGGGGGCUUCGCGGCGGCGGGGGGCGCGGCGGCGGCGGCGGCGACGGGGGGCGCGGCGCCCGUGUACCCCGUGCUGUGCCCGCCCGCGCUGGCCGACGGCGGCUUCGCGGGCGCCAACCCGUGCCUGGGCCACAUCGACUUCCAGGAGCUGCGCAUGAUGCUGCUGAGCGAGGCGGGCGCGCCCCCCGCCGCCGAGAAGACGCCGGGCGCCGACGGCCCGGGCCCGGGCGCACCCCGGCCCAAGGCGCCCGACGGCGCCGGCAAGGAGAACGCGGAGGGCGCGCCCGAGGCGCGGGCCAAGUCGGCGGUGCGCGUCCGCCUGGAGGACCGCUUCAACAGCAUCCCCGCCGAGCCCCCGCCCGCCCCGCGCGGCGCCGAGCCCCCCGAGCCCGGCGUGGCGCUCAACAAUUUGGUGACUCUUAUUCGACAUCCGCCCGAAUUAAUGAACGUUCCUCUUCAUCAGCAACAAAACAAAUGCACAACACUGGUGAAAAACAAGACCGCUGCGGCCGCGACUGCUUUGCAGUUUACAUGCCCUCUGUUCACUGCAAAUGCCUGCUCUGCUGCUGGGACUUCGAGUCUCUCACAAACACAGAGCUCUAGUAACUCAUGUUCUGUACUUGAAGCUGCCAAGCAUCAGGAUAUUGGAUUGCCUCGAGCGUUUUCCUUCUGCUAUCAGCAAGAAAUUGAAUCCACUAAACAGACUCUGGGGAGUAGAAACAAAGCUUUGCCUGAGCAGGUUUGGAUUAAAGUAGGAGAAGAAGCGCUCUGUAAACAGGCCCUGAACAGGAGGAACCGGAGCAGGCUACGCCAGCUGGACGCCAGCGGGGAACGCCGGGCGCUCGGAGAGAUUCAGAACGUGGGCGAAGGCCCCGCGGCCGCGCAGGGCCCCUGGCAGCCCGAGUCCUCGCAGUCCAGCCUCGGGGAGCAGCCGCAGGGCGGGCCCCAGGGAGGGAGGUCCCAGCGGCGGGAGAGGCACAACCGCAUGGAAAGGGACAGGAGGCGCAGGAUCCGCAUCUGCUGUGACGAGCUGAACCUCUUGGUCCCGUUCUGCAACGCCGAGACGGACAAGGCGACCACCCUGCAGUGGACCACGGCCUUCCUCAAGUACAUUCAGGAGAGACACGGGGACUCUCUUAAGAAGGUCAGUAUCCAGGCCGGCCGGGGCCCGGCGUCUGUGCCCGCAGCGGCGGUGUGUGCGUCCCGUGGUUCCUGCGGAACCCAGCCGUGCUCGUGGGGCGGCAGCCCGACGUGCACCAGAGUCCUGGUCGCAGCCUUGAUGUGCCCACUGACCGCAGAGCGCCAAGCCGGAGGUGUCCGGCCAGGGGGCCACGGUCAGACACCUGCUCCGUGCAGUGGGUUUUGGGGCUGGCGGGGUUGUCAGGGAUGGGCCUGCGGGAUGUGAGUUUUUUCACCCUCAGAAGAUUUUGGGAAGGGAUGAGGCGCAGAUUGAGAAGAUUCCUGUGAAGGAAAGCGAGCCGGGCUCUUCCGCCCUGAGCAGAAGGCAGAGGAGGCCGCCCCUGUGUGUCUGGGGCGGGGGGAAGACGACUGAGCACCUCGGCCCCGGUGCUGCCAGCUCUCCCGCGACCUCCGCCGGCCCAGGGGCGCGGCUCCCAGUGGGUCCAGACGCUGGGGUGGCGGGGGGGGGGGGGGGUCCCGCUCACCGCCUCCUCGGGUUCAGCGGGAGAACGGAGGCUUCGUGGCGUUGGCCUCUGCUCUGCCUCUGGGGCACCUUGGUCCCGGGCCUGGCCCGGAACGCGGGGCCAGGCGAGUGGUGAGGGCCUUGGCGGGGAGCCUGCUCGUUUUGCUCCUGGUCCGGGCUGGCGGGUACUUGCUGCUGGCAACUGCAGCACGCGUCUGAUGAGAGCGCCGAGCUGAGGUUGGCGUGAUAAACGGGAGCCUGUGUAGAAGGAGCCGCCUGUGUCUAGAUCCUGGGGCCCCGAGAGCCGCCGGGCCCCCCAGGCCGCCUGGAAGGAGGCCCUCGGGCUGAGUGCUAAGGGUUCGCCUUCGCGGGGGUCCCUUGGCUGUGCCCGUGGCGCUGACGUCCUGUGCGUUUCGUAAUUUCAGGAGCCUUAUUUUCAUUGUAUAUUUCAUUGCAUUUCAAAGCAGUGCCUGUCACAUUUGUUCUGAUUGGGUCAUUUACGGUUAUUUAUAAUGUGGUUUCCUUUUGACAUUUUUUUUUAGCAAUAGACUUGGUUUAUUGUCAUGAAAUAAAGCUUUUAUAUUUAA